ACUCGGAUCCCUCUCGUCAGACAAUCAGGCUUCCGGAGGCCGAACGACAAACCACCGUCGAAAGUUGACGGGAAGGAGCAGAUAAGACCUCAGGUUGAUUGGAUCAGCUGCACUGGAACAAUGCGCUUGAUGUCCAUUGGCUUGAUGCAAUCCUUCUCGCAUUUGAUGUCAGCAAUUGCGGCCGUUUUCAUGGUCGAGUCGGCCGGGUUUCAAGGUUCUAAUUCUCGGGCUGUACAAAGUACAAAGUACUCUGUGCUGCGCUGCGCUAUGUCGUGUCACGCGGGCAUCCCUAGGCUGGCUGAUAAUGAUUUGAAUUUACCACAAAGUGGGUGGAGGGAGGGGAACCGAAGUGUCGGGCACACUCCAAUUGCCAGCUAGACAGGCUCUUGGUCCUUUUCCGCAGCCGGUAUAGUGAAAUUAG